AUGAGCAAUAUUUAUAUACAAGAACCACAUACAAAUGGUAAAGUUAUUUUACAUACUACUUCGGGUGAUAUUUCAAUAGAGUUAUUUUCAAAGGAAACACCGAAAACUUGUCGUAACUUCAUACAACUCUCACUCGAAGGAUAUUACGAUAAAACAAUUUUUCACAGAAUUGUUCCUGGUUUUAUUGUACAAUGUGGAGAUCCAACUGGUACAGGGCAUGGACCUUUUGUUGAUGAACUUCACACACGUUUAAGAUUUGUAAGGCGUGGACUUGUGGCUAUGGCUAAUGCAGGAAAAAAUGAUAACCGUAGUCAAUUUUUCAUCACUCUGGAUAGAACUGACGAAUUACAAAACAAGCAUACGAUAUUUGGAAAGGUAGUGGAUGAUACAAUAUUCAAUGUUUUAAAAAUUGGCGAGCUUGAGGUUGAUGAGAAUGAACGACCUCUUUAUCCACCUCAAAUAAUCUCAACAGAAGUUGUUUGGAAUCCUUUUGAUGAUAUCAUUCCACGUAUCAGUGUUUUACAAGAAAAUUUGGUUCAACAACCUCAAGUCGAAGCAAAGAAAAAGAAAUUAAAAAAAAAUGUGGCAUUAUUAUCAUUUGGUGAAGAGACAAAUGAUUUUGAAAGCGGAAACAAUCCUAACCUAAAAAUUAAAAGUAUUCAUGAUUUAGUCGAGAAUGAUCCAAGAUUAAGCAAAGAACCCGCAGUUACUGAUUUUGAUUUAAAACGGAUUGAAUCUGAUAAGAAAAUGAGACAAAAUGUAAAAAGGUUACACGAAUCAAUGAAAUCAGACAAUUCUUUGGAAAAAAGUCCACAAUUAUCUAAAAAAGAUGCAGUUCGACAAGAGAUUGAACAAGUAAAAGAUGAUAUUAGAAAAAUAGAUCAACGAAAAAAAUUAGAGAAUGCCAAGGAAUCUAAAAAAAAAGAUAAAAAAAGAUCAUAUAUAGAACUUCAAAGGGAACAAUAUUUGGUUUCAGGUAAAGCACAUGCAACUAAAAAGAAAAAAGAGAAUCAGGAUUUAACUUUGGAGAAAUUAAAAGCUUUUCAGGACAAACUUGAUUCUGUGUUGCCUUCCGAAGAAAAUUUAAAAAAGAAAGUUGAAGAAGUAAAUUUAUGCCUUCUUCACUCAGUGCCUGAUUGUUUGUCUUGUAGGGAUACAUUUGGCGAGCAUAAAGAAGAGGAAACUGAUGAAGGAUGGUUAUCGCAUCUUCUUGUCUUUGAAAAAGAUCUUAAAGGCAAAGAUUUAAUGCAGAGAAGAGACGACCCUGAUGAUUAUGUGGUAAUUGAUCCUAGAGUGCGUAAGAAACAAGCCGUUGAAGACGUAAAAGCAAAGAGAUCACAAAGCAACAAUAUAAGUGAUGUUUUUCAUAAAGAUAACCAUAAACGUAGUAGAGAUCACGAUAAAGACAGAAAUCAAGAUGCAGACAGAUACAAUAAAGCUAGAAAAUUUGACGAUAAAGAACAAGAUUACAGUAAAAGCAGAUACAAAGAGAGCGACAGAGACCGUGAUAGGGAUCGUGAUAGAGGUUAUGAGAGGGAUCGUGAUAGGGACAGUCAAAUGGAAUUUUGGAAACCAGGAACAAUUGCUCCAGGGGCAAGCAUUGACCGUGAGACAGAAAAAGAAACAAACGAAAAUAUUUUUGCAUUUAUAGGCAAUCCAUUAUUGUAUCUUGUUGAAAAAUUCGAAACAACAAUUAUAGUUGGUCAAACUGGCUGUGGAAAGACUACACAAUUACCACAAUAUCUUUAUGAAGCAGGUUGGGCAGCAGGUGAUAGAACAAUAGCAUGCUCCCAGCCCCGUCGUGUGGCUGCUAUAUCAGUUGCAGAUCGAGUGGCGACAGAAAUGAAUGUAAAACUUGGUGAGGAGAAAAAACGUCCCGAGUUAAAACUUAUAAUUUCAUCGGCUACCAUUGAUGCCAAAGUAUUUUACGAUUUUUUUAAUACAAAUAAAUCCAACGAUCCUACAAAGGAUAAUGUAUCGAUAAUAUCGUUGGAGGGGAAAAUGUUUCCUAUUGACAUACAAUAUUUAUCAGAGCCUUGUUCAGACUACGUUGAAAAAACUAUUCAAACCAUAUUUGAUAUACAUGUAAAGGAGCCACCUGGUGAUAUUCUUGUCUUUUUAACUGGUCAGAAUGAAAUUAAUCGUGUCGCGGAAGAAAUUUUAGAAAGAGCUACCACAUUACCACGUUCUGCUAUGGAAAUAAUUACAUUACCUAUUUAUGCUGGUUUACCAUAUGAGCAACAAUUAGAAAUAUUUAAAACAACACCUUAUAAUACACGCAAAGUAGUUGUCGCCACAAAUAUAGCAGAAGCAUCAAUAACCAUCGAAGGAAUCGUGUAUAUUAUUGAUUGUGGCUUUGUCAAACUACGAGCAUACAAUCCAAAAACUGGUAUGGAAAGUUUAACUGUCUCUCCGAUAUCGAAAGCAUCAGCUCGACAAAGAGCUGGACGUGCAGGGAGGUUAAAACCUGGAAAAGCGUAUAGACUUUACACGGAAGAUUCAUUUUAUCAAUUCCGAGACGAUAGUGUUCCAGAAAUACAAAGGAGUAAUUUAGCUCAAUUUAUACUUCACCUAAAAGCUCUAGGCAUUGAUAACGUUCUACGAUUUGAUUUUAUAUCGCCACCUCCUUCUGAUUUGAUGAUACGUGCUUUGGAGUUAUUAUACUCAUUGAAGGCACUUGAUGAUUAUGGAAGGUUGACAAUGCCGCUAGGAAUGCAGUUGGCUGAAAUUCCAGUUGACGCUAUGCUUGGAAAAAUCUUAUUAGAUUCUUACAAGUAUCAAUGUGGCGAAGAAAUACUAACAAUAGCAGCAAUGCUAUCAGUACAAAAUGUAUUUAUUAUGCCAUCAAAACCUUCAAAAGAAUUUGAAGAUGAGAGAAGGAAAUUUGCAGUCGAAGAAGGCGAUCAUAUCACAUUAUUAAAUGGAAAAAAAUCUCGUAGAUGGUGUUAUGAUCAUUCAUUAAAUUUUCGUGCAUUAUCAAGAGCUUUAUCAAUCCGUCAUCAAUUACGAAAAUAUAUGGAAAGGUUUGAUGUUCCAGUUGAAUCUUGUGGCACCGGGAAUAAGGAUAAUAUUGUAAAGAUACGCAAGUGUCUUGUUAGUGGAUAUUUUGCCAACGCAGCUAAAAUGUUGCCUGAUGGAAGUUUUCAAACUAUUAGAAAUAAUGCCAUUUUACAUGCUCAUCCAUCAUCUGUCUUAUUUAAUCGUAACGCCUCUUGGGUUAUUUUUCAUGAAGUUGUUGAAACAACAAAGCCUUAUAUGCGUGACAUGACAGUUAUAGAUCCAGCUUGGUUAUCUGAAUUAGCCCCUCAUUUUUACAAAUUCAAAAAAUGA